AUGGAGUGCGACAUCUGCCACCACCCGCAUGACGCCCAGCGCCGGCCGUUCCUCUGCGCCGUGGAUGCCCGUAACAGGAUCUACGAGGGCCGCAUGAAGCAUCUGCAGCUGGUGCUCGAGAAUGAGUCGCUCAAGGCCCAGAUCGACGAGCUCCUGGACGAUGCAGCCAAACCAAACAAGCAUACCUUGGACGAAAUCAUUGCGCACCGAGAUGCGGCUGAGCAAAAGACGGACCAGAUUCUCGCCGCCGCGGAUAGGCUUCGCGACGACAUCAAAGCGGCCAGGGAUGAGAUUCAGGCUAGAAAGGCGGCCAUCGCUCGACGGAGAUCCGACCUGGCCUCCGUCUCUGCCGGCAUAGUGGAGCGCAGAGCCAAGCAGCUCAGGGAGGUAGAGAAGUCGAUUAACAUGCUCAAAUUCCGAUGGUCGCAAAGUGCUGAGGAUAUGGCCUCUACUCGUGGCUUUUUGUGCAACGAAGCUGUUCGGCUCUACGGUCUCAAGAGAGUCACGAAGAAAGGCGGCACGGGGCGCUACGAAUAUCAUCUCGGCAAGAUUCCCAUUGUAGAUCUAACCAGCAUGGACUCUCUUUCGCCCGAGGCUAUCUCAACCUCUCUCGCUCACAUAGCCCAUGUCGUCAUGCUGGUUUCCCACUACCUUUCCAUCCGCCUUCCUGCCGAGAUCGUCCUCCCUCACCGCGAUUACCCGCGACCAACCAUGUUCACCGUUCCAAAUUCCUACCGCCAUGGCGACGUUUCAUUCCCCGGCGCUCUCCUUGCUCCGACUCCGUUGUCUGAGCCCCCAUUUGCCAAUUCCCACGUCCCUCGACCUCGCCCUCUGUUCGUGGAUAAACCUCUCCCACAGCUCUCCAAAGAGGACCCUGCUGCCUACUCGUUGUUCCUCGAAGGCACCACGUUGCUUGCCUAUGAUGUUGCUUGGCUCUGCUGUUCGCAGGGUGUAUCCGUGGGAGACAAGACUUCGUUUGAGGACAUUUGCAACAUGGGCCGGAACUUGUAUAAUCUAUUGAUGAAUAAUCAGAUCCAGAGCGUAGAUGCCAACAUUGGAGGCCAGAAUGCCGAUUCGAAGCAGAGCUGGAUCGGCCGCUAUGCUCACGGCACGACUUAUUACAGCCUUUCCGGCGACGAAGGAACCGAACUGACAAAGUCCUUCCGGCUGCCUAGCCCACUGAAGCUUGCUGAUAAGCUGAAGAAGAAGCUUCUUGGAGACGCGCCCGCCCCUGACUGGGAGGUCCUUGGCGAUGAUGAAUGGAAGGACGCGAAUAUGCCGGGCAACGGAGUUUUUGAUCCAAAGGCUGUAGGCAGCAAGAAUGGCGGUACUCCCGACGCGAGAGACUCGCCCCGGACCAGUAGUUCGAAUGGAUGGAUGAAGGUCAAGAGCAGAUACUAG